AUGCUCCUGAAGAUAGUAGGAAUAAUUGGACUAGUGGCUGUUGUUUGCGGUCAAAAUCACUACGGUGCGCAUAACGAUGUUCAACAUGAUGUAGUGCAUUAUCAUCACGACGAAGAGCAUCACGGACCAGCGCACUAUGAGUACCACUACGAUGUGCAUGAUGACCACACUGGCGACGUCCACGGUCAUCGCGAAGCACGAAAGGAAGACUCCACACACGGCGAAUACUAUCUGAUCGAUGCUGAUGGUCACAAACGCACUGUCAAGUACCACGUUGAGGGCAAGAGUGGAUUUAUCGCAGAGGUACACCGAGAACCGAUCAAGGGCUUCCACGACGCUCCUGCACAUCAUAAUUUCCAUCAUAAGUUUGAAGAAAAAUAUUGAUGUUCUUCCUGCCAGUCACUGUAAAAUAG